GAUAUUCAAUAAUUAUGGAAACUUAAUGGCGGUUAGAGCGACACGCUUUAACAAAGCUCACCCAAAAUCACCCCAGAUUAUUGCAAAAAGUAUACAUUUUGGGACUGAUAUACUUGUUCCCAUAGAAGAAAUCUUUGAUCUGAAGGAUUUUAGUUAAAACGAACCUUUCAGUGUGCUGAGACAAUAUUGUUUAGGAAAAAAAAAAAAAAGCCGAUGCUAAGCUAGCUACCGCGCUACAAACACCUGUGACCACGACUCUACCCAGAUGGAGCUAAGCAGCAACAUGAAAAGGAAACCUGUUCUGAGUACUCCUACUAAAGUUUCUGCUACACCUGCCAAGAUUAAACCUGUUGAACAGCAUGCAGUCUCUCAGAAUGAAGCUCUCACCACCACUGAAAAAUUAACCUUCAAAUUUGAGGACUUUGGACACCAGCUAAAAGAAAACUCCGUCAUGGUGGAAAAUAUCUCUCGACUUGCGGAAAUAAACUCAAGGGAAAGAUUAAAGAGAUGGAAAAAGAAGUUCCGCAACUUGUUAAAGAAAACAAAGAGCUAAAAGAAAAAGUAGCUGAAAUAGAACGUUACAAAAGGCGAUGGAACCUAAAACUUCAAGGAUUAAAAGAAAGAGAUGACGAGAACAUCCGAGAUGUCAGAAUCAGUAUCCUGUCCAAGAUCUCUCAGGAGAGGAAAGAGAGGAUGGACACGGUGGAUUAGGUUCGAAUUCCUUGGUCUUUAAUUCCAGGACUUGGACACUAUAUGCUUGUUCUACAGGUCACUCUCUAUCACCUCUCAAAGACUUGGUAGUUUUACUAUAACGUUUUUGAAAAAUUAGUACUUAAACUUUGCAUUUUUGACGAGAAAAAUGUCAAAAUAGCCAUCCUUGAAUGUAAAUGAAAAUACUUUAAUCAAUAAUUCCAGGCCUUUGACACUAUAUGCUUGUUCUACAGGUCACCCUUUAUCACCCACAAAGACUUGUGUACUUUUACUGUAUAGUUUUUGCAGAAAUAGUACCUAAACUUUGCAUUUUUGACGAGAAAUAAGUCAAAAUAGCCAUUUUUGAAUGAAAAUAAAAAUACUUUGAUCAAUAAUUCCAGGACUUCGACACUAUAUGCUUGUUCUACCGGUCACCCUCUAUCACCUCACAAAGACUUGUGUACUUUUACUGUACCGUUUUUGAAAAAUUAGCACUUAAAUUUACAUUUUUGACAAGAAAUAUCUUAAAAUAGCCAUCUUUGAAUAUAAAUAAAAAUACUUUGUCCAUAUUUCCAGGCCUUGGACACCCUCUAUCACCUCUCACUGUCCCUCUGAAUGAGGAGAAAAACCCAGCAGCUUUUGAAAGACACACACGUGCAGCAGAAGUAGUCCACAAGAUCACGUUUUCCAUCAAGAAAGGUUCAGCCAUUCAGAGAGUAGGAUUAUAUAAGUAUCUUGAUUGAUUGAUUAGGCAUUUGUACCUUAAUGCUGACAGCUCUGAAGGUCAAUGAGCUGUUUGGGUGAAGCGGGACAGAAUUAUCUCUGUAUUAAAAGAAAGAAAAAAAAAACAAAGAAAGGUAGGAUUAGAAAAAAAAAAUGAAGUACAAGUUGAUGCGCUGUUGCCUUUUGAAAAAUGUAAGGGCCUCUAGUGGUGGACAGAAAGAGUUUGAAAACUUACAGCAUCUGGUAUUGAAGACUUUCACCCAGAAGCAGCCUCUGCUGGGUCACCUGAAGCUGCAUCUCUACCCCGUGAUCCCGCUGUACAAACCCGGCGAAGCACAGCUGUCCUUCACAAGUCUUGCUCGACAGGCUGUCAAAGAAUCCAAGACAGUAGAUCCUGUUUGGUUGAACAGGAUCACUGCAGAGGAAGCUGCUAAAAAAUCAGGAGGAGAAUUGUGGCUCACACAAUUAGUCAUUACAUUUGGAAAGUACUCGGGACAAACCUUCAAGUGGCUUCUUGAAAAUGACAUUGAAUGGGUAGUUUAGCUGAAUUCAUAUUGAAGGGAGAAACAAAUGAAGCUUUGAAGUGGCAGAAAGAAAGGCUGCUGAAGCUGGUGAAGAAGUUUCCUUCAAUUACAGUUCACCUGGACAGGAGAGUACAAGUAAGCAUCUCUUAACACAGAACACAAGGCAUGUGGUUUGUUUUAAAUAUGAUGCUCAUGUAGGAUGUUCGUGUGUAAUCCAUACAUUAUAACUACAUGAACAAUAUGGAAUAUUCAUCCCCAGAAACACAAAGAAAAACAGGACGGAACACCUGGUGCUGCUGCUGACCGUCAAGACAAUCCCGGCUACAUCCAAGAUGCUGAGCUUCUUACGCUAGCAGAGGGCAUCUUGGCCUCAUCUGAUGUUGCCGUUUCCACCCAUUUGACCACUGUCGGAAGGAUUGUUUCCUGUGAUGCAGAGGAGAAAGCUGCACAUCUUUCAGAGGCAGGCAAGCAGGAGGAUGAGGAGGAGGAAGAGGAGGAAACGUCAAGCUUUCAAUGCCCGACUGAGGCUGCUGUCAUCCUUGAAGGCUGGCAGAAAACUUGGGAGCAGCUGUCGUCAGCGAACUACCAGGGCAUUCCACCACAAGACGUCCGGUGGCUGAAGGAAAAUGAGGAUUAUGGAUUGUAUAAAGCAGCCACAGCACAUAAAACCAAAAGUGUAGAAAUCGUCAGGCGGAAACUGCUGAAGGACAAGAUGGAAUUCAACCCUCCUCCUGUUCCGACCUAUUUGGGUGGCUCAAUUCCAAAUAUGUUUUCCUUUUUCACUGCACCUGUCCUCUUUUGGCGACCUGUUGGCAUUCUGCAUGCAAAAAUCCGGUGCCCAAACACCAACUGCCCCGCCCCUCCAAACACCUUUCUCAUCAGGAAAGUUUACUUGUCUUCUGCACAACAGGUUUGUGGCCUCAAGUCCUUUUACACUCUCCUGUCAGAGAGACUGCUGUGCACGUACUGUGAAAGGGUAAGAAAUGCCGGGGAAAAAGCAGGUGACGUGAGCAGAGAUCAGGACCCCCAGCAGCAGUACACCUGGCUCGCAUCAAGCCCAUGGAUUCUAAUGAAUUUGGCUCCAGCAGUACAGCACAUGUUUCCAGCCAUACUGUGUGGAAAGCGCUCAAUCGAUAGAAGCGCAGUAACCUUGCUCCAUGAUCGAAUUAACUCAGUCAGCAUGAGCAAAGUGCAGCGGCUCAUCCAGCAGGGACAUGAUGAGUGGUACAUGGACUGCAGAGGCCUCUACCAGACACUCCUGUAUGACGCCCACACCUUCAGAGGCAGCUCCUCCCAGAGCGGGAUAUUGUCAUACUUGCAGCCAGCCGGGAACUACACUCCUCCAGUCAAACAGAGCCCUCUUCCAUCUGCACGAGUGCUGCGUCGAGCACACAUGAUCUCUGAAAUGGAGAAGAUGCCCGUGUAUCGUUCCAUGAUGAAGUUAAAGUUAAAGUCCCACUAUUUGUCACGCACCAAGAUGUGUGAAAUUUGUUCUCCGCAUUUGACCCAUCCCCUUGGGGAGCGGUGAGCUGCAGACACACCCGCGCUCGGGAACCAUUUGGUGGUUUAAUCCCCCAGUCCAACUCCAUAGUGCUGAGUGUCAAGCAGGGAGGCACUGGGUCCCAUUUUUAGAGUCUUUGGUAUGACUCGGUAUGACUGGUAUGACCCAAUUUGGACCCACGACCUUCCAAUCUCAGGGCGGACACUCCACCACAAGGCCACUGAGCUGGUUUAUACUGAGCGUGACAGGGAAAAUCCUGUGCAUCGACGCCACAAAGCAGAUACUGAGAAAGAUCUACGGUGACGGCCAAGCAACAAUGCAGUUCCUCACGAGUGUCUUGAACGAAUGGGGUCAAUUUGUGACCACCGUUGUGAUGACGUCAGACUCUGAAGACUGCUACAAGAGAAUGGCCCGCGGACUGACUGCCUGGUUCAAGCGCGCCCAGGCACCUGCUCCAAAAAUCCUCUACGCAGACAGCCACUGCUGUUGUGACGGAGGCACGUCCAUGCUGGAAUCCUUGUUUGCUGACUGGAUUGAAGAGGGCAUGGUGAUCCGGCUUGACAUUCAUCACUGGCUGCACCGUUGGGAUGCUGUGGUAAUCAGGCAGAGUCACGCCAGGUAUGGAGCCUUCAUGAGCGCCAUGGCUGGAGCCCUGCUGGCCUACAACCAGGCAGAUAUGCAACUGCUGAUCUCUGCUGUUCGGAAUGGCAACAAAGAAAUGUACUCCAAGUACAGCGAUGAGGAGAUGAUUUCCUUUUUGAAGCCAAACCAGAUCAAGAGCUACGUUCACCGUGUGACCAGGGGUGUUGAGAACAGCGCUGUUGCUGUCGAGUUCAUCUUGGAGCAGUUCAAGGGACCAGCUGGGCUGGACAUUGAUGGGAUCCCUUUGUUUAAGGAUGACGCCGCUGUCAACAGUCACUGGUGUUACGCCCCAUGUGGUCUAGGGGUGCAGGGCCUAACAUAAAGGACCCACCUGGCAUACCGUUGUACAUCAGCACCAAGGUCGUGACCCUGAAUGGCGUUGAGCUGAACAGGU